GUUGAUAGGCUCGUGUCCUCGCAGGCAAACCAAUCCACCACAGCUGCUGAGCUGCUGACUGACGCUCAGUUUCCUGGUCCCUGCAGCUGAUGGUCCUGCUGGCUUCGGUCUGACAGUUGCAAAAACCUAAUGAUUGUGCGGCAGCUCACCUGUGGAGCCAUACGAAACUCGCACCUGUAUGCCCACCUGAGAAAGCCCUGGGGCAGCCAAAGCAUGGCCAGACCCAGUUCAGACCUGGCAGCAUUCAGGGAGAUUUUCUCCAAAGCCAAUAAUAUAGCCAUCCUCACCGGAGCAGGAGUGAGUGCCGAGAGUGGAGUCCCUACCUUCAGAGGAGCAGGAGGCUACUGGAGAAAAUGGCAAGCACAGGAACUUGCCACUCCAGAGGCCUUUGCCAGGAAUCCCUCACGUGUCUGGGAGUUUUACCACUACCGCCGUGAGGUCAUGCUCACAAAAAAUCCCAACCCUGCUCACCUGGCCAUCGCUGAGUGCGAGGAGCGACUCUCCAAACAGGGACGAAAGGUUACCGUCAUCACUCAGAACAUCGACGAGCUCCAUCGCCGCGCUGGAUCCAAAAACAUCCUGGAAUUACAUGGUAGUCUGUUUAAAACUCGCUGUAUGAGCUGUGGCGAUGAAGCAGCCAAUUACAAAAGUCCCAUCUGUGCUGCUCUGGAGGGUAAAGGAGCUCCAGACCCAAACACACAUGACGCCCAGAUUCCUGUUCAGCAGCUGCCCAGGUGUGAGAAGACAGGCUGUCACGGUCUCCUGAGACCAGCUGUGGUUUGGUUUGGAGAGACUCUGGACUCUGACGUCCUCACCAGUGCAGAGAAAGUGUUGGACAGCUGUGACCUCUGCCUCGUGGUUGGCACUUCAUCAGUCGUGUACCCAGCGGCCAUGUUUGCUCCCCAGGUGGCAGCCAGAGGUGUUCCAGUGGCUGAAUUCAACAUGGAGGACACACCGGCCACCAUGCGCUUCAAGUUCCACUUCCACGGCCCCUGUGGGACCACGUUACCCCCGGCACUGGCACGUCACCAGACUGAACGAGACUGAGUGCGAGUCGAUACAGUGGAGGACUUUAUUGGUACAAAAACUAUUAAUAAUGGGUUAAAUGUAACGAGUACCCAACAUCAGUGAUGUGGAGAUGGGACAUAGGGUUCAGGAAAAAUAAGAAGAGGCCAACAGAUUAUAAGACAAAAGGAAAACUUUUUUUUCAAGCUGUCACAAAGAUAAAAUGUGCAAUCAAGAAUAUAUAUGACUUUAUCAUAAACAGUUACACAAACAGAAUUUUAGACAGCUUCAGAAUGAUGGUGUGGCUUAUAGAUUUCAAUAAUUUUUCAUUUGGAUAUGUUGAGAAAAAUGAUUUAACUGCAGUCAGAUGAUUUUUUAAUUUGCUUUAAAAUUCAGCAUUGUAGUAAAUAUUGUUUAAAUAUUGCAAGAAUGCCAAAUAACACUAAUAGUUUGCACUGCCAACACUGAAUUUCUGUUAAAUUUACUUUGUUAAAUGACUAACUAUGCUGUUGAAACAGUUAAAAACCACAGUCCACAACCACAGUCAGACUCCCAUCACUCCUUCUGCAUUAUAUGUAUAUCGAGUGUCAGGCAGUAGGGGGCAGUGUUGAGCUGCUGCUGUGGAGGCUGCUACCUUCCAGUUUGGAGGGAAGAAAAGGGGAAAAAAAUCCUUCCAAAGGGAUCUGUGGGCUCUGCCUGGGAUGUGUGGUGUGUUUGUGUCAGUUCAGUGUUGUCAGAAUUUAUGGGCCGUGACGACGCCUUCCAGAGGCCGUGAGUCAGCUCCGGUUAAACCAGGGAAACCAGUGACUGUGCACCCCCCUCCUCCUGUCAUGAGGGAAAGGGUUUUUCUAUGUGUCUCCUUCUGAAGGAUUUGUUACAUGUGUGUGAAGGUUUGGACGUGAUUGGAACAGUUUAUUGAUGUGAAAUGACGUCUGGUAAAAUAAAGGAAUGCUCUUAUAAACUGAA